UAUCCCCCAGCUGCCGACGGAUUCCUCACCUAUCACAUCCCUGACAACUACGUCGUGGCUCAGACCCUACUUACCUUAUACUACAAAGGGUUCCCUUGACAUUCGAGUACCCUUUCAAGAUCUCAACUCUCUCGGAACAUCACACAUUUACGAUGCUGUCGCUUUCUUUAUAGCAAUGCUUGGCUGCCUUUCCAAGGGGCUCAACACUUAAUCACUCUUCUUUCUUCCACUGUGCCGCCCACCUUACCUUAUAUAACCCUGCCUUAAUCCGUCUUACUCCUCAACUGUACCACUGCUAUUCAGGCGUCGCUACAAUUAUCACGGAACACUCCGCAUAUCUCCCCAUAUAAACACCAUAACGAUCGCAUAAACUUACGAAACGCAUGAACGAACUUUCGACACGUUACCCCGAGCUUCAAGAUGCCACCCAAGUCUCUGUUGGAACUUGCCACUGCGGCAUGCAUCAAAAACAUCCGCGAACUCGACAGUGUUGGCGACUAUCUUCCUUAUAAAGCCGUCCGCCUCCUUCUCCUCAAGAUCGAUAACGCGAAACAACUACGAACUAUCGAACUGAACUCGCCUCAAAUCCAGGGCGAGACAGGUGAGGUAUGGCUGAAGCUUAUCAAGCAUGAGUUUCCUAUGGAAGUCAAGCAAAAGGCAUAUAAACCACCAAACCCAACUAAAUGGUAUCGCGUCUAUGAGAAAUACAAAUCAGAUCACCAGAAGGCCCUCUUGGAAAGUGAGGCGAAGCUUAAGAAUGCUCUCAUGGGACUCAAGGAGGACAAGGAGAAGAACACCAGCAAGAUUGUCGAUGACAGAAGACUUCUGCCCCGAGGAGGCAGAGUCGGUCCAAAGAAGGCUUGGGGAUUUGGUGCGCGAGACCCCAAUGGCAGCACGCUCGCUUUCAACAGGGGAAGCCGUACCAAGACUCACAAUGGUGCAAGCGUCAUGCGCAAAGUACGACGAGAGACGAAGGAGAUUGCCAGUAUCCACGGCGCAUUGUCAAGGCCAACACAAGCAUCAAAUGCUAUCACAAAACUCCGCAAGGCGCCUGCAGCUAUGGUGAACGACUAUCAGAGAGCCGCCAAGCCAGCAAUCCGACCUCCGCCCCCUCCUCCACCGAAGCCAACAGUCUCUGAUGUAGUUGAAACCCAUGAGGCACGGGCGCAAUACAUCUCGGACUCUGAUUCUGACGAUGGGGAUGAUCUGUUUGACGAUGAACAGCCGGUACCCCGUCGAAAGGCUUCGUCUCAGGUAUCUUUGUCUCCUCUGAAGAAGCCUGCUGCUGGCCACAGCGACUCUACAAGCAAGGUCAAACGCACUGGUCUUCUAUCCAACAGCUAUAAAGGUCCUAAGCCUCAAACUACAACAUCUUCACGGCCCAGAGUGACCCCUUCAGCUGGAAAGUCGCUAUCUCCUACCCCUCAACAGAAACAAACAUCUCUUUCUCCCGAGCCAGCCGAACAGUCUUCACCUACACGUCUCACAAAUACGCGACCUAAUCUGGGCAUCGGACCACGCAAGCGCAAGGCUACGGAUGUCUUCAUGAAGCCUAAGAAAAGAGCUUGAGAUCUAAACAAACAAUUCUUUUAUAUAUAUAUAUGUUUGACACGGUUUGUCGGGAGGGUUAUUUGAGGGGCAAUUUCCAACCCCAUUGCAUUACAGGAGUACAGUGUAUGACGAGCCAUAGCAAGGGAACCAAACGGCGAUAAGCGAGUGGCAACAAUGAUAACGGACUAAUAGUCCAUAAAUCGUGUAAUUAGAUUAAGAAUGGAAUGGAAUAACGAGGUUGGCGCAUAUACCAAUUUGUGAUGUGUAUGAUAGCAAUAAGACGGCAAGCGAAAUAUGAGCAUAGCCAGGCUUAUUAAAACGGGAUGCUUCAAUGAGAAU